CCCCGCCAUCGCACUCACACACGCGCGCUCCUUCCCUGUUCGAAUCGACCAUGGAUGAGAAUCAGCGGAGCUUCGAAGCUCUCGAAGUGGAAAAUCCAAAGCCAAUCGAGGAACAGCACGAAGACGAAAACGAUGAUGAAGAAUACGAUGAAGAUGGUGAUGAACAGAGGCAAGCGAGUGAGUUGGAAAGUUCAAUUGGAGCAAAGGUAAGAGAUUCUCAAUCGGAAACCCUAGCCGUAGCUUCGUCAGUUCAGUUGCCGGAGAGUGAUCUCCAAGCCGAAUUUGGUGCUACUUCUCACCUACUCUCAGAGGUGCCAGUAGAAUACACUCUGCAACCGCUUGACUCUACUAAAUUCAAGGAUCAAGUUGAAGGGUUAGUGACCCACCAGGAAGCUUUGAUUAAUGUUACAGAGCAGGCUGCUCAAACUUGCAUACAGAACCAGCUUCAGUCGAAUGAGUUUCAUACGUCAUUGGAUCUAUCACCAACUUCUAAUACAAAGUCGACUUUAUCUGUCCAAAAUUCAACUCCACGGAGAUUGUCAACAGUAGCUAAUGGUAAUAGCAUCUGCAUUUCAGAGGUGGACAUGCAGAGUUCUUCUGACUCUAAAUCUGUUUCUGCUGCACCUAUUGUGAAGACACAUUCGCCUGAUGGGUACAACUGGCGCAAGUAUGGUCAGAAGCAGGUGAAGAGUCCUCAAGGUUCUCGAAGCUAUUACAGAUGCACAAACUCUGAAUGUUUUGCUAAGAAGAUUGAGUGCUGCGAUCACUCUAACCAUGUCAUAGAGAUCAUUUAUAAAAGUCAACACAGUCAUGAUCCUCCUCGGAAAAUUAAUAGCCCGAGGGAAAGUAGGCUUUCAUUACCUGUUGUACCUGUUUUAGGGAAUAAUAAUACAGCUCAGCCUAUCAGAGCACUUAGUGAUUCAGAUCCAUCCACUUCUUCAAAAGAACCAGUGCAAGAAAUGCUGCCAACACAUGAAACAAAACAAGAGGAGUCGAGAGUUUUUGAUGGGGAUGCUGAAAUUAAUGUCGAGGAGCAUGUUGAUGAACCUGAACCAAAACGAAGAAUGAAGAAAAGCAGCUCAGUGGACUCAGGUCUUACGAAACCUGGAAAGAAACCUAAGUUUGUUGUGCAUGCGGCUGGUGAUGUGGGAAUUUCUGGAGAUGGCUAUAGGUGGCGCAAAUAUGGACAAAAGAUGGUGAAGGGGAAUCCUCACCCCAGGAACUACUACAGAUGCACUUCAGCUGGAUGUCCUGUUCGAAAGCACAUCGAGAGUGCCACAGAUAGCACAACUGCUGUCAUAAUAACAUACAAGGGAGUACAUGAUCAUGACAUGCCAGUGCCAAAGAAGCGGCAUGGCCUACCAAGUGCCCCUCUUGUUGCUGCCGCUGCUCCUGCUUCCAUGAACAAUUUACAAUUUAAGAAAACUGAAUCAUUAGAGAACCAAAUAUCUGCAACCAAAUGGUCUGUGGGGACCGAAGGUGAAUUAACAGGUGAAGCACUGGACAUUGGAGGGGAGAGGACAAUGGAAUCAGCUCGGACUCUUUUGAGCAUUGGAUUCGAAAUUAAGCCUUGCUGAAAGACCGACUUCUGUUCAAGAGAGUGAGGAGAGGAAAAAGAACCCGGGAAAAGGAGACAGGAGACAAUGAAAAUUGAUGAAUGGCUUCAAUUUAAGGUGUCUCUCUCCAUGUAAAUUAUUUCUGUUUACCGGUAUGAUUUUUUUUUUUUGCCUGGUGUGUUUCCUUGGCUUGUUUUAGCUAUACCAUUUGUCUCGUGAACAGUUUUGUAUAUAGUGGUAGAUACUCUGUAUUGGCUUCCAACAGAUUGGCAGUAAUGGAGUAGUAUAGAAUUCUUGCACCCCAUCUGAAUUGAGUCGAAGUAACCUAGACCUCUGAGGUGGUGUUCGGGUUGCUAUCACUGAACAAAGUUGCGUGUGAACUGCUUGGGGG